UAACUAACGGCCUCUGCUUCAACAUCCCACCUGAAGCUGAUUGAUCUGUUCCUACUUGUCAUCUCCCACUUUGGCACUGGCUCUGGAAGCAUCAUUGAAUUAUUUUUGGAGUCUGUCUGCUUUCGCAACUCUCCUCUGACCGACGACUAAUCCAUCCGCCAUCAUGCGCUUCCACGCUGCGAUCUCAGCAGCUGCUCUGCUGGCAGGAUCUGUCCAUGCAGAUGCUCAGAAACCCUUGAGCGAGGCCAGCUCCUCUGUCUCAAGUGCGGCUGCUGAUGCUUCACCCGCGCCUUCUUCUGCUUCUCCAGAGCUCCCAACCUUUACUGUAAGCCUACCAACAUCUCAAAAGUUGGCUCUUCUUUUGCGCAAACACUCAAUUCUAACGUUUUUUUCUGUAGCCAACCACUAUCAAAGCACCUUUCCUCGAGCAGUUUACCGACGACUGGGAGACUCGAUGGAAGCCAAGUCACGCCAAAAAGGACACCAAAGGCAGCGAGAAGGAAGAUGAGGCCUGGAGUUACACUGGUACCUGGGCCGUCGAGGAGCCAAACAUCUUCAAGGGUAUGGAGGGCGACAAGGGUCUCGUCAUGAAGGAUGUUGCAGCUCACCACGCCAUUUCCGCGAAAUUCCCAAAGAAGAUUGACAACAAGGGUAAAACACUUGUUGUUCAGUACGAGGUUAAGCUACAGGAUGGAAUCUCCUGCGGAGGAGCGUACAUGAAGCUGUAAGUUUUGUGCGACUUUUCAUUGGAUCCGGUUUUCUGCCGACUUAUUCGUUUUGCUAUGGUCAAAACCAUGACAAUGCAAUUGAACCUCAUUCUAACAUCAACUCAAACAGUUUGCGAGACAACAAUGCUCUCCACCAGGAUGAGUUCUCGAACGCAUCUCCAUAUGUCAUCAUGUUUGGCCCUGACAAGUGUGGCUCUACCAACAAGGUUCACUUGAUCAUCAACCACAAGAACCCAAAGACCAAGGAAUAUGAGGAGAAGCACCUUACAUCCCCACCACAAGCUCGAAUUGUCAAGACCACUGAGUUGUACACUUUGAUCAUUCACCCAAACAACACCGCCAUCAUCAAGUUGAACAAUGAGCAAGUUAAGGAGGCUAACCUUCUGGAGGUAAACAAUUAUCCCCAAGCAAAUGAAGCAAAAUCAAUUCUAAUAAUUCACAACAGGAUUUCGAGCCAGCAUUCAACCCACCCAAGGAGAUUGAGGAUACAAAGGACACCAAGCCAGAUACUUGGGUUGACGAGGCCCGUAUUCCAGACGCAGAGGCCAAGAAGCCAGAAGAUUGGGAUGAGGAUGCCCCAUUUGAAAUUGUUGACGAGACCGCUACUAAGCCCGAGGACUGGUUGGAGGACGAGCCAUUGACUAUCCCUGACCCAGAGUCUGCCAUGCCAGCUGAUUGGGAUGAGGAGGAAGAUGGUGAUUGGGUCGCUCCAACCGUACCAAACCCCAAGUGUGACGAUGUCUCUGGAUGCGGUAAAUGGGAGAAGCCAAUGAUCAAGAACCCAGCUUACAAGGGCAAAUGGACCGCACCUUUCAUUGACAACCCAGCAUACAAGGGUGUCUGGGCUCCUCGCAAAAUUGCUAACCCUGCCUAUUUUGAGGAGAAGACCCCUUCCAACCUUGAGCCCAUGGGUGCUGUAAGUAAUGCCUGAUUUUUAGUCCUUUGAAUUCAAGACUGACGUAUCCCCUAGAUCGGUUUCGAACUCUGGACCAUGGACAAGGAUAUCAUGUUUGAUAACAUCUACAUUGGUCACUCUGUUGAAGAUGCCGCCAAGUUUGCUGACGAGACCUUCAACGAGAAGCACCCACUUGAGGAGCUUGCCGAACUCGCUUCCAAGCCAAAGGAUGAGGACAAACCCAAGUCACCUUCUGACCUUGUUUUCUUGGAUGACCCAGUCACUUACAUCAGAGAGAAGCUCGACCUUUUCUUCACCAUCGCACUUGACGAUCCCGUCCAAGCUAUCAAGUUCGUUCCUGAGGCCGCUGGUGGUCUUGCCGCCGCUUUCGUCACUUUGAUCGCAAUUAUUGUUGGUAUUGUUAGCAUGGCCGGAUCUUCGGCCCCACCAGCAGUCAAGAAGGCAGCUAAGGACGCAAAGAAGACUGCGGGUGAUGCGAAGGACAAGGUUGCAGAGGCAGUUGCAUCAGGAACUGAGCAAGCCAAGUCGGAAGUGAACAAGCGAACUACCAGAAGCACUUCGUAAAUGUUUAGUAACCAAAGAAGAGAAAAAAAGGUCUACCUAAAGACAUAAUAGUCGAUUUUUCGGAGAGCGGAAAUGAAUGAUGGCUGUUUAGGCAAAUGGGAGCUUUUUCUUAUUUUUUUUUUUUGAACAUUUUAUGCAUUCGCGCGCGCGUUUUCUCUUUUUUGUACUCAUGAUUGGUCUCUGAUUUGUUGAUCAUGAAGUAGCAACGUAACCGACCUGUUUUUUGGCGGUUCAUGUAUUUUAGGCGCACAAAAUAGUGAACACACAUCUUGAUCAAGUAUAUUUUUGUCUGUUUUUUUUAA